UUAGUAUGCGGAUAAAAACGAGGAUGGCCAUAUCGACAAAAAAGAAGCACAACAAAUAGCUUUCGAGCAAGAGGGCAUCAGCGCCGGAGAUGUCAACGAAAUGGUGAUGUCCGUCGACGAUAACAAUGAUGGUGAAUUAAACGCUCCGGAAUUCGCCGAUUUCGAACGAAUCGUUCGAGCGAGAGCCGUUGACACUUCUAAGAAAGCGCUUAAGGUUGUAGAUCGCGAUGGUUCCGGGACAAUAACGAUGGAUGAGGCAAAACGAAUAGCAUUCGAUCACUAUGGAUUCGAUGAAAAAAUUCUUGGGCCAUUUUUCGCACAAGCCGAUGAAAAUGAAGAUGGACAACUGGAUGCAGUGGAGUUUGCCGGAUUUCGGUCGGUAAUCCGAAAUAAAGCCGUCAAAAAUGCUAUCGAAGUUAUGCAGCAUCGACUCUUUUUAACACAGUCCAUACUUUUAGUUGCGUUACAACAAGCAGUUCUGAGCGUCACAGCUGUGCAGAAAAGCGAAAGACGAGUAAAAGCGCUGAUGGAAACUGCUUACAAGAGGAGGGGGACGCUUUUAAUGAAUGGCAAGGGGUAG